AGCAGCUCCUCUCAAACACACACACACACAAGUUGAGGAGAAAGACGAGGAGCAGAGGACGGGAGAAGAAGAAGAAGAAGAGGAGGAGGAGGAGAGUUUACAGUCAGAAUGAGUCGGCAACACAACAGUCCAGCGAUGGAAGGAUAGACAGAUCGAUACAUAGGUUGAUAGAUAGGCAGUCUGUCAGUGGAGGGGAGGGUGGAUGUGAGCUGUGGGUGAAGCAGGCAGGAGAAAAAAAGGAGGAGAAACAUGAGUCGGCAGCAGCAGCAGCAGUCCCAGGGAGUGGUUUUAACGGGUUACCACAGCAACGCGGAACUGUUGCCGAACCCUGGCCGGCGUGCCCCCGCGUGUCCGUCAGCCCUGGGCCCAGAGGCCCCCGCGCCCAGGUGCUGUUAUGAGGCAUCCAUCGUAACAUCACUGGUGAACACGGCACAAAGUCCAUGGCUCCGCAGAACAGGCCACUACACUGUUCAGCAGAACCAGAACGCACAUCAUGGAGACAGACACGGGCCUUUGGCUAACACCGGUAAUCCAAAAACCACCGGCACUGACCCACCAUCAUUACCCAACCCGAGGUCUCAGCCUUCCUCCAGCCCCAAGCCAGGCUCCAGCCCCAGGCACAGUCCCAAUUCCAGGCCCAGGCCGCAGCCCACAUAUCAGCGCUGCAGCUCUCAGGACUCUCUGGACGAGCUAGAGAUGGACGACUAUUGGAAGGAGGUGGAGAAUAUCACUCGCUCGGGAGGAGAAGCGGGCCGGGGAGAAGGUGGAGGAGAAGGGGAAGUGCCAGAGGAGGAGCAGCAGAAAAUUCCUGAGGAGGGCGAACAGGAGGAGGCGUGGCUUACAGAGGCGGGGCUAGCGCGGCUGUUUGAUGAUUCACUUGCGGCUGACCUGGAUCAGGAAGAAGACAAUGCGGUGUUCCUGUCCACACUGACCAGAAGUCAGGCGGCAGCUGUUGAACGGCGCGUAACAACCCUACAGCAGACGCUGUUACGGCGAAGAAACCGGCAACAUGUUCCUGAUGUGAGGGAUAUAUUCAGACCUCCUGAAAAGGAUGAGGAGCCGGGUAAACUCAAAGGAGGAAGUGAGAAUGGAGAAAAAGAUACCACUUCAGCCGAAACCGAGACAGAGCUGAACGUCGAGGUGGCGUUUUCAGAGCAGGCGCUCAACUACAGGGAUAAUCACCAGAGGUUAAAAGUCAACACCGGCCCGAGCUCCCCUGACGACAAACUACCGAACUUCAAGCUGCUCCGAGAUAAAACGGGUCAGACGAGGGUAGGAGAUCUGUCGCCUCUGGACAUGAAAAAGGUGCGCAGACUGGUGCUGGUCGAGUCGACGGCUCUGUUUGACACGGCGGGGAUUGACCUGAAGCCUCAUAAAGCUGUCAAAGUCAAGACUAAAGAAAGCGGUCUGUUCGGUGUUCCCCUCGCCACUUUAUUGGAUCAGGACCACAGACGGGCUCCUGGGACCAAAGUGCCAUUCUUACUGCAGAGGCUCAUUUGUCACAUUGAGGACGAGGGAUUAGACACAGAGGGGCUGCUACGGAUCCCUGGAGCGGCCACCAGAGUCAAGUCUCUGUGCCAGGAGCUCGAGUCCUCUUUCUACGACGGGAUGUUUCCAUGGCAACAGCUGAAGCAGCACGAUGCCGCUAGCCUUUUGAAGCUGUUCAUCAGGGAGUUACCCCAUCCAUUACUGACUGUGGAGUACCUCAACGCAUUCAUCGCUGUCAACAAGCUCCCCACAAAGAAGCAACAGCUGCAGGCUUUGAACCUGCUGGUCCUUUUGUUACCUGACGCCAAUCGGGAUACUUUGAAGGCCUUGGUGGAGUUCUUCCAGCGUGUGAUUGACCAUCAGGCCAAUAACAAAAUGACCCUCAACAAUGUCUCCGUUAUCAUGGCACCCAACAUCUUCAUGUUCAAGGGGUUCCGCUCCAAGGUCACCGAACAGCAGGAGUUUUCGAUGGCGACCAGCACGGCCAACAUCGUCCGGCUGCUGAUUAGAUACCAGAACCUUCUGUGGACGAUCCCGAAGUUCAUCGUGACCCAGGUCAGACAACAAAACAUGGAGAGUCAGCGGAAACAAAAUAAAGAGAGAGCUGUAAGGAAGCUGCUGAAGAAGAUUACCACCGACAGACCGUCUGAUAAAGCUGUCCCAGAGGAGAGUUCGCAGGGAUUUAUUCGAGUCCAAGCACCGCAGUUCAGUAAAGUGUCCAUGGCUGUGCAGCUGACGGAGGAGUUGCAGGCUGCUGAUGUGUUGACACGAUUCCUCAGCCAGGAGAGUUCACUGACAGUAAAGCGAGAAGAGCUGUGUCUCUAUGAGAUCGGCGGAAACAUCAAGGAGAGAUGUCUAGACGGGGAAACGUACAUGAAAGACCUCAUCCAGCUGAACCCUUCAGCAGAAUGGGUCAUUAAAGCUGUGCAGAGAUAAACCCGGCUGCCUGCCGGACUGCUCCAGGCUUCUCCGCCGAGUCCCGCUGAGAAGAGGCGCCACCUGGUUCUCUGUGGUUUCUGCUGGUUUUUGGACCUACACGGACUGUUCAACUUGUAGCGAAGGCAUUUUCUGAACACAGAUGGUUUGCACGGGUUCACACAGUUUAUUCGCCCUGAAAACAGCCAAAACACUGCGAGUGUUCAACAAGCUUCCCAGUGGCAGUUUUGAAAUGUACCAUGUGUGGAAAUAUUUGCAUUUUUUUCCCCCACUUAAUCAAAUAACCAGAUUCUUAGACAAGAAUCAAAUGCUUGACUUUUACAAUAACACAGAUUUUCAGGAUGGAUGGAUGUGGGAACUAAGAGGUGCUGAGGGGGGCUGUGAACAUGAUGUUUUUUACACAAAGAAAGACAGAGCUUAAUGUAUAGACUAUACCGAAUUCACGAGAAGGUCCAUUUCAUGACGAAUCUGGGGAGUUUCUCUCCCACGUCAUCUCCUUGCUGUUGCUGACUGUAGCUGAAGUGGCCUAUAGUAUGGUGGUAUUCUGCGGAUGUGCAAAGCAUUCUCAAAUUAUUGUAAAUUGAUGCUAAACUAUGAGAUAUAAUGUAUCCUGGCAAUUAGAAUUAAUACAAACACACAAGUGUUGGGCACCUCCGCUCAGCACCCUCCAACUGUGACUAACUUCCUGCACGAUCGUCGUGCAGGUUAAAGAAAACCACUUGUUUUUUUAUCAAGCCUUGUCAUCUCUUGAGUAGGAACGGAUUUGUUCUCUGAUGGAAAUAUAUUUCUCCCAGUUUGUCGAAGCACUUGAGCCACAAUAUUGUGAUUCCUAAUAUUAUGUGACACUGUAAUUAUUACAGUUGUAUACUGUGAUUUAUUGCCACUAAUCACUUUGUUGUGUCAGAAGUAAUAUGCUGAAAUAAUAUAGUUUAGGGCAAUUAAAUAUUGAUAUUAUAUUAAAUAAUGAAUCCUAAAAUAACCUAAAAAAAGAUUCAAAGACAAUUUUCUGUGUAACCAGUUUUGAGAAUAUUGGCUUUUAUUUAUUUUUAUUUUUAUCAAAAGCCCAUUAAGUAUCAAACAAGACUGACUGUUUGUACACUGCCUGACCAAAAAAAAGUUACCACAUGCCAUUUCCACAUGCGCACUGAGAAGAGAACAUAAGGGAUUGGGACUGAACAGCCGUGUAGCCUUUAGAAAACCACUUAUCAGUGAGUCUAAUCAGGUGGAAAAGGCCCCAAUUUACUAGUGAGCAUAAAGAUUGGACUCUGGAGCAAAGGAAGAAGGUCAUGUGGUCUGAUGAGUCCAGAUUUAACCUGUACCAGAGUGAUUGGUGCAUCAGGAUAAGAGGAGAGGCAGAUGAAGUGAAGCCUACUUCCUACCUUACAAGCCUGUGGGGGCAGUGCUAUGAUCUGGGGUGGAUUCAGUUGGUCAGGUCACCUCACUACUUAUUAUACUGAAGAACUUGGUUUUUCCAUCAGUGGAUUUUUUUUCUUCCCUGAUGGCACGGGCGUAUUCCAGGAUGACAGUGCCACAGUUCAUUGGUCUCAAAUUGUGAAGGAGUGGUUCAGGGAGCAUGAGACAUAAUUUUUCACACAUGGAUUGGCCGUCACAGAGUGCAGAUCUUAACCCCACUGAGAAUCUUUGGGAUGGGAUGCAGAAGACGCGGAGGUCUGACUCUCUCACCAUCAAUACAAGAUCUCGGUGAAAAUGUAAUUAAUGCAACUCUGGAGUGAAAUAAACUGUGACACUGUGUAACCGUUUCAAAACGAUGCCACCGCAAAUGCGAGCUGUAAUCAAAGCUAAAGGUGGUCCAAUAAAAUAUUAAAGUGUGUGUCAGGCAGCACAUAUAUUGAAGCACUUCACUGUAACGGGGUCCAGAUGGGGGUAUAUUAUGUGUGAGGGAGGAGCUCGCGUCAACAAAGACCCCAAAAUGUUCACAUGGUGUCGUCACUGAUGGCUAACAGGGACACGCAAUGACAACAUCGCUCUGUACUGUUAAUACUGCUGUACAUCCUGACUCUAUAAACGGCUGAUGUUUGAGUGUGUUAAUGUGUGAGUCCAUCCACAGUAACUGCUGCUCACCGGUGUACAGAUGAGAACGAAGACAUCCUAACAGUUUUAAAUAUGCAUAUAUAGAGCAGCCUCUGUGUAAGCUUGCCUGGAAUUCAUCAAGUCUGUUGCCUUAUAAGUUUUGUACCAAAGAUCUGAUCAUUUUUAAAAAUAUCAUUGGACUGAUUUUAAAUAAGAAAUUGCUGACUGUAUAUAAAUGGCCUUCUUAAAUUAUACACUCUCACAUGUAAAGUUGCAAUAAUGAUCUGGACACUCAUCAAUUGGCUUUGCUUGUUUGGAUUUGUUUGUGCUCAGUACUGUUCACAAUCUGGAGAAGAGUUGUGCGCUGGCUAAAAGGAAUACAACAACUUGUAUUAAUCCAGGAAUAGAUAAAUCUCCAUUUCAUCCUCUUGGCACAUAGCUGUGUGUCUCUUGGCUAAUCUGAUUCUGUGUGGCGCCUCAGUUGUUUUCGACAGCCUGUUAGAGGAUCAUAUCUGCAUCCCAAGAGUCAAACGUGGCAGAUGUUUCUCUUGUGGAAAGCUGUGGAGUGCUGACAACAAAUAAUGUGUCACUGUUUUAACAAUUUUGGGAACUGAGUCACUCCCAGCCUUGUAUAAUGUUGUUUAAUGUGAAUAUUUCUCCAAAUAAUGAUGUCUUUGUCUUAUUGCUGCCUCUGAAAUGACCACUAAAAAACACCCUGUAAAUAAACAUACAGUUAUUGAUCA